CGUAGCUCAGCCUCAUUUCCCGCUCUGGUUAAGGCGCAGGAGGAAGUGUUUUGCUGGCGGAUGAUGACAGAGGUCAGGCUUCGCUAAUGGGCCAGUGAAGAGCGGUGGAGGAGAGACAGGGAGCCGGCACACACACAUUAAUACACUUGAACCAUCACCAAUCAGCUUAGGUGUGCUCUGUCUCUCGGUACUUCCCUCACACACUCUCACUCUCCAGUCACUGACAGCCCAUUGUAUUGUCAAUCUCUGUCUCCUUCCCAGGGAUUCGAGAAUUUCUCUCCUCACAAACCAAACCAGCAGCUUCACUGGAGAAAACUCUUCCCGGCAUCUCCUUUAAAACACCAUCCUUUUCCAACCGUUGCGGUCUUUAAAAAUAAGCCAAAAAAACAAACAGACCCCAAACCAAACAAAAGCAAAAAAACAAACAAACAAACAAAACUCUUGACAGGAGCUUUUGACAGCAAGACAGGAUGCCUCAGGAAGGGGGAAGACUUUAACUAGGGACGUGCAGAUGUGUAAGUCCUCACAUUGUAAGCGAGGACAGUCAUCCCAGAUCUCAGAGCCCUAUAUCCGAGCCACGUGGGAUCCCGCUGCCUCAAGCCACCAUGCAGAACAGUCACAGUGGAGUGAAUCAGCUCGGUGGUGUAUUUGUCAACGGGCGGCCACUGCCGGAUUCCACCCGCCAGAAGAUCGUGGAACUAGCUCACAGCGGGGCCCGGCCGUGUGACAUUUCCCGAAUUCUGCAGACCCAUGCAGAUGCAAAAGUCCAAGUGCUGGACAAUCAAAACGUAUCCAAUGGAUGUGUGAGUAAGAUUCUGGGCAGGUAUUACGAGACCGGUUCCAUCAGGCCCAGAGCCAUCGGAGGUAGCAAACCCAGGGUAGCGACUCCCGAAGUUGUCAGCAAAAUAGCCCAGUAUAAACGAGAGUGCCCGUCCAUAUUUGCUUGGGAAAUCCGAGACAGAUUACUGUCGGAGGGGGUCUGUACCAACGACAAUAUACCCAGCGUAUCAUCAAUAAACAGAGUUCUACGCAACCUGGCUAGCGAAAAGCAACAGAUGGGCGCAGACGGCAUGUAUGAUAAACUAAGAAUGCUGAACGGGCAGACAGGAAGCUGGGGCACCCGCCCAGGGUGGUAUCCGGGGACCUCUGUACCAGGGCAACCUACACCAGAUGGCUGCCAGCAACAGGAAGGAGGGGGGGAGAACACUAAUUCCAUCAGCUCAAAUGGAGAAGAUUCAGAUGAAGCCCAAAUGAGACUUCAGCUGAAGCGAAAACUGCAAAGAAAUAGGACAUCCUUUACCCAAGAGCAAAUUGAGGCUCUGGAGAAAGAGUUUGAACGAACCCAUUACCCAGAUGUGUUUGCCAGAGAGAGGCUAGCUGCCAAAAUAGACCUACCUGAAGCAAGAAUACAGGUAUGGUUUUCUAAUCGAAGAGCAAAAUGGAGAAGGGAAGAAAAACUGAGGAACCAGAGGAGGCAGGCUAGCAACACACCCAGUCACAUACCCAUCAGCAGUAGUUUCAGUACCAGCGUCUACCAGCCAAUCCCACAACCCACCACUCCUGUUUCCUCCUUCACAUCAGGCUCUAUGUUGGGUCGGACGGACACAGCUCUAACAAAUACAUACAGUGCUUUGCCUCCCAUGCCCAGCUUCACAAUGGCAAACAACCUGCCUAUGCAACCCCCUGUCCCCAGCCAGACCUCCUCUUACUCUUGCAUGCUACCCACUAGUCCGUCGGUGAAUGGGCGGAGUUAUGAUACUUACACUCCUCCGCACAUGCAGACACACAUGAACAGUCAGCCAAUGGGCACUUCUGGUACCACUUCAACAGGCCUCAUUUCUCCUGGAGUGUCAGUCCCAGUUCAAGUUCCUGGAAGUGAACCUGAUAUGUCUCAAUACUGGCCACGAUUACAGUAAAAAAAAAGAAGAAGAAAGAAAGAAAGAAAGAAAGAAAGAAAGAAAGAAAGAAAGAAAGAAAGAAAGAAAGAAAGGAAGGAAAAAAGUGUGUUACUUCAGUCAAUGACUAUAUAUGGACAACAGUUGGAUGUUAUAAGAAUAUUUUAUAAAGGAAGAUCAGCUGUGAGAAGUGCUUCUGGAUUACAACUGUGUCCUGUACCAUACCAUACCACUUGGAGGAAAAAAGACUUUACCCAUGGACCUUUGUACACAGAAGGCAUUAUAUCAGUUGGAACAAAUCUUCAUUUUGGUAUCCAAACUUUUAUUCAUUUUGGUGUAUUAUUUGUAAAUGAGCAUUUGUAUGUUAUGAUGAAAAACAAAGAACAACGUGGACUAGAUGGAUGUUUCUGAUCUGUGUUGGUCAUGAAGCUGUUUAAAAAAAAAAAGGAAGCCAUGAUCAACAAGUUCUGCCACAAAUUUAAGAGUUUUUAUCAAGAUAUAUCGAAUCCUUCUACCAAUCUGUUCAUAGGUGAUGGACUGACAUUCCGAGUCUAUAUCAUUCCAUCCCAUAUAAUGAAACCUGGAACAAUACGCACUAGACUUUUUUAAGAAAAAAAAAUCUAUUGGGUUCCCAAAGGUUGUUAACAGAUGAAGUUUAUGUGCAAAAAAAAAAAAAGAAAAAAAAGAAAAGAAAAAAAGGAUACGAGAGAACUUCAAAGAAAAGUUGAUAGGUAAAAAAGGUAGAUUGUGUCUUCGAUAUAAUCCAAUUUGUUUUAUGUCAAAAUGUAAGUAUUUGUCUUCCCUAGAAAUCUCCCAGAAUGAUUUCUAUAAUAAAGUUAAUUUCAUUUAUAUUUGACAAGAAUACUCUAUAGAUGUUUUAUACACAUUUUCAUGCAUCCUAAGUUUCUUUUUUGGUCAGCAAAGGUUAAUUGUUCUUAGCUAGACUUGUACUGCUGUUCACAGUCCAAUCAUUUUUUGUGCAUCUAGAAUUCAUUCUAAUCAAUUAAAAGUGCUUGCAAGAGUUUGAAACUUAAGUGUUUUGCAGUUGUUCACAACUACAUAUCAAAAUUAACCAUUGUUGAUUGUAAAAACC